CUUGUUCUCAUCUUCUCUUGAAAAACUAUUUCUUAUCAAUUUAAUGAUCCCUCAAUGAGUGCUUCUAUCUCUUCUUCCCCGCAAGGGGGAGAUUCACGUAAUGCAGGACCGAAAGACACCACCAGCGAUUCGGGGAGCGUCCACCUCAACAAUAAUAUCGUUACCGAUGAGGAGUCGCAGAACCUCUCGCGAGGCCUGGCAGAGCGACAUGUUCAGAUGAUCGCCAUCGCUGGAGCCAUCGGGACGGGUCUGUUUCUCUCCCUUGGCUCCUCGAUUGCGACCGGUGGCCCUCUCGGCGCAUUGCUGGGUUACACCAUCGUUGGCUUCAUUGUCUGCGCCAUUCAAUUCGCCCUCGGUGAAGUCUCUGCUUUCCUCCCAGUGACUGGUUCAUUUGUUCGCCAUGCAGAAAUGUUGAUUGACCCUGCUUUUGGAUUCGCCAUCGGAUGGAACGUCGUCUAUGGCUGUUUCAUGAGCGUACCGAGUGAGAUAUCGGCUGCUGUCGUGCUCAUCCAGUACUGGACCGAUUUGAGUGCUGCUAUUUGGAUUUCUAUUCUGCUUGUCAUUUCAGCCGUGGUCGCUUUUCUGUUUAUUCGGGUGUAUGGAGAGGUGGAGUUCUUCCUUGCCAUUUUAAAGAUCCUCCUCGUCAUCGGUAUCAUCCUAAUGGGUCUGGUUAUUGAUCUUGGAGGAGUCCCAGGUCAACCUCGGCUUGGCUUUCAUUAUUGGAAAGAUCCUGGCCCUUUUGUUGAAUACAUCAGCACAGGCUCAUGGGGUCAAUUCCUUGGCUUCUGGGCUGUUCUCACCAACGCCGUAUACUCUUUCUCCGGCAUUGAGAGUUUGGCGAUGGCAGCAGCAGAAACACAGAAUCCGCGCAAGAACCUCCCAAAAGCAUGCAAAAAGGUCUUUGCACGGGUCACUCUAUUCUACUUCCUUGCUGUCUUGAUAGUCGGCAUGAUCGUCCCUAGCAAUGACCCUCGUCUCGGUGAUGAAAGUGGCACAGCCGCUCAAAGCCCCUUUGUGAUUGCCGCCGCAGAUGCAGGGAUAAAGGUCGUUCCCUCGAUUAUCAACGCAGUGGUUUUGACCUCUGCCUUUUCCGCAGGAAACCAGAGCAUCCUAGCCGGAACAAGGACACUAUACGGUCUAGCAAUUAGAGGGCAAGCACCCAAGAUCUUCCUGCGCACUACGGCGGGAGGCGUGCCAUAUAUGUGCGUUGCAUUGCAGAUUUGUUUCUCCGGUCUCGCAUAUCUCAGCGUGUCGAAUACGGCGUUGACGGUGUUUUACUGGUUGCUUGAUCUUACCGCUGCUGGGGUGUUGGUGUCGUGGGGAACAAUCGCCUUUAAUCAUAUUCGGUUGCUGCAGGCGUUUAAGAAGCAGGGAAUUUCGCCUACGGAGUUGCCGUGGCAUAAUAGCUGGACUAUUUACUCAUCAUGGUGUGCCUUGAUAUCAUGCAUCGUCAUUCUCCUUACUGGUGGCUUCAAAGUCUUCACGCAUGGAAACUGGGAUCCGGCUGAUUUUGUCUCUUCAUAUCUCCAGUGACAUCCCCCUCGUCCUGUCUGUAUACCUAGGCUAUAAAUUUAUCCGAGGGACCGACCUCAUCAAGCUGGAGGAUAUUCCACUCCGCCAAGCGCUGGAUGAAGCACACAAGGAUAUACAAGAGGAAGGACCGCGCAGUAAAUGGGCUAGGUUUAAUUUUCUCUGGGGGUAGACUGUGGGCUUGACACAUUGGGCGGGCUGGCUGUUUAUUUCUUUUGAUGAUCAUGUCAUGAAACUCUCAUAGAAUCAGCGAGUAAUUUGUAGAGAACUUCUUUUAGAAUACCUAGAAUAUGUCCUGAGAAUACUGUAUCUCAAAGAGAAUAUAGAAUUAGAGAUUGGCGUUUGCAUAAGCUACAGUUGGAAGAAGCCACGGAUAAGAAUAGUACAUUUCAAAGGGAAAUAAAAAUAAGACCAUGAGGCUGC